CCCCUGAAGGUCCGCCACUUCCAGCAGACGCGGGUGUUUGUUGACAUCUGGCGCAGGUGUGCGGCGCCACAAAGGACCCUCACACUUCCGGCCCUUCAUGCCGCUGCGGCCCCGCGUGGCGUUAUAGCUGGCUGGCGGACACCUCUGCGCCAGGUAGAAGAAUCCCACCAUGGAUGAUGAAUGUCUUUCUCUGACUUGGAACAACCAUGGUGCUACCUACAGACAAACCCUCAACAGUUUAAGGAAAGAAAACACCCUGACAGAUGUUACCCUUGCCUGUGAUGGCCAGAAAUUCUCUGCACACAAGCUGGUGUUGGUUACCUGCAGUGACUACUUCAGAACUAUCCUGGGGGACAUACCAUGCCAGCACCCUAUUGUGUACAUGAGGGGUGUCACUGCCCAGGAAAUGCAGGCACUGAUAGACUUUAUGUACACAGGACGGACUAACAUACCUCAGAAAGAAGUGCCAACUCUCCUGUCCACAGCAGAAGCAUUGCAAAUCAAAGGCCUUGGUGUUUUUAAUGCCAGUGAGAAUCAUGAUACUGGAAGUCAAGCUCAAAGAGAUUAUGGUAAUGCAAGUAAAAGGAAGAGAUGUGAAACUGAAAAUCAAGCUCAAAGAGAUUAUGGCAAUGUGAACAAGAGGAAGGGAUGUGAUCCUCCGUCCUCAUUAAAUGGUUUAUAUGAAGACAAUAACAGGAGCAGUACUUCAAAAAGUUUGUCAAAAGAAGAUCAGUUUCUUGAAAAUCUGUACAGUCACCAUUAUGCUCUUUUAUCUUCCCCCAAACAAAGAAAAUCUGAUGAUAGAACACAAGUAAGCAUUCCUGACUACAUGAGCAGUCAUCAGACACCUUCUGGCUUGGAGAGCUCACCUCAGAAAGAAUCUUCCUCUUCCAAAAGUGGAUCAGAUCCCAACCAAAAUGUCACCACUUCAUUAUCUCCAGGAAUUCUCAACAACCUUCUCCAUCACCGCAAGUCAGACACCUCAAAGUCUUCCCUGAUCAGACCAUCCUCACCCAUGCCCCAUUCUCCGCAGGACAGAGUUGCUAGUGAAACAGUUUCAUCCCAUGCUUCAGAUAAAGUGAAAGAGAGUCUAACUGAAAAAGAUUCUUGUCAGAGUUCCUCCAGCCAGCCAUCACAGCUGAACCCGAGACCUGAGGCCAAAGCAGCUUCCCCCCGUGCAUUAAAUUAUUCCCUUGCUGGCCUUGGGGGCAGUAAAGACAGUUCCAGUGCAGGGUUGCAUGGCCAUGCUGCUGAAGAGUCCAGCGGGGGUCAUGGGGACACUCCUGAAAAUUUGAUAAAAACAGAAAUCAAAGAUGAAGCUCUUGACUUCAGCAACACCACUUUGUCAGAAACUCAACAAGGCGACUCAUCCAGCUCAGCCUUGAGUACAAAUACCAUUGGAGAGGAAACGCGGAUGUACUUGGAUGCCUUUGCCCGAAGUGCCAACCUUUCCUGGCAGCAGACUGCAGAGGACACCACACAAGAAUCUCCAGCAGUGGAUGGCCGACCGUUUGUGUGUCCAAUAUGCAGCAAGUGCUUUGCCAAGGCUGCCAUACUCAAGCGUCACCACUUGGCUCACUUUCGGCCAUACGUGUGUCACCUGUGCCCUCGUUCCUUCACCAGGAGAGAGGUCUUGGCAGAGCACAUGCUGGAGCACACCGGGGCUGACCUGCGCAUGCCGUGUCCCGUGUGUGGCAUGACCAUCAAGCGCAAACGUAACCUGCAGGCUCACAUCAAAGUCAAGCAUCCAGAUUAUUACCUGGAAAAAAGUGCAAAGAGAGAAGCAAUGUGUUGAUAUGAACUCACCCACUGGUAAGUAUGAGGUGUCACUACUCUCUCACUAUUAAACAUUUUCAUCUUUGUAUUAUAUAUAAGCUGCCUGAAAGCAAUGAUGUAAAAUUCCUCAAAUUGGUCUCUAGUCAUGUAAUGAUUAGACGCUCAACUGAUGCUUCCAUUACUCAGGUUACUCAACAGCGAGUAUUGAAUUCUACUUUUAGAAUCUUCAUAAAUAUUACCUACAAAAAACAUAUUUUUUAUAAUGAAAAUAUUCUUUAUAAACAUGUAUCAAGCUUCUACUGAAAACUGUUAUUAGAAGUAACUGGGGUAUAACAUAACUUUAAUCAGCACAUACAUAUUUUGGAAGUCCCUACUGGAAGCAGCCAAAUUAUAGUGAAUUUUCAUUUCACUAGAUAUAAACUUUGUUUUCAUAUCAUUGCAUUGUAGCAUUCCUAUUGUUGCUUGGUUGUAACAAGCACACUUACUCUAUGUAGGUUUAGCAUUAAUGACGGUGUUAAACUGCAUCAACAAUUUUCUGCAUGCAGAGAACUCAGUCUUGCCAUCACUGCUGAAGACCUCUUCCAUGGGCAGUGUUCUCAAGGUGUUCAGUUCAUCUCUUCCAUGAUUGUUUUUACCACCUGACAGGCACAAAUAAUGUUGCAUUCAAUUUGAAAACAUUAUUUAUUAAAGUUAGCACAUGUUUUUUAGAGUAAUUGUGAGUUAUGAUUCAUAAGAGUGCAACAUAUUUUUAAGCAAAGAUUUUUUAAAUAAAUAUACUGUAUUUCAUAAUCAGUAUUGCAUUAGAAGGAGUGCAGUAUUUUAUCAUUUAAGUCCAGAAAUUGAAAACGACUGGCAUAGUUUGUUGAGUGACAACGUCACUGUCAAAGAAACUUACUACUCACCAGCUGUUUGUCUGUUCAUCCGUCCAAAAGGUACAAAGUCAUUGAACGUGAACCUAAGGCAUGGUGUCAUUAGAAACUUUUUAAUACUAGAUAUAGACCUCUGCCAGCAUACUUUCAUCCUAAUCUUUUUUAUUUAUUCAAAUAUUGAUUGAAGCAUGGAAUUAUGCCAGCUUCUUAACCAUGUAAGUAAUGUAUGGUUCAAUAUAAGACUGACACAGUUCUUACCCUUAACAUGGCCAUGCUGUACUCUGUGUUCCACCCUUUGGAGCACCUGGAGGACUAGUGCACACAGGCAUCAGCACCAUUGCUCUAUGUUUGGUACAGCCUCCUGCUGCUUCUUGGGUCUGUGGGAGCUCGCCUGAUCUGAUCCCUUGUUUGCAACUCUUGUUUACAAAUUUAAAGUUGACAUCUCCAUGCAUAUAAUAUAUAGUUUUGGAGUUGUAUUUACAGAUUACAACUUUUAAUGUUAAAGGGGUGUUUAAAUUGCACUUGGUACUUUUUUUGUGUGUACUUAAAAACUAAGGUGAGUCCCAAGAGGGCCAUAUACCCUCCAUAUCCUGAAGCACCAGCACCGUGUGCUAGACUUUAUGAACUUUGCCAUACAUAGCGAAGGUGUUGCCAAGGUCUCAUGCACAUCCCUGUGAAUAGCUUUCCAGAAACAGUAAUUAGCUACAUGGCCAGCAUGAAGUUUCCUUGAAUAGAAGUUACUUUGUGAACUGGCCUUUAAUACCAAUGUUUGGUACUUAAUCAUAAUUUCUGAUGAAAGACAAUGCAGUUUUUUUCCUCAUUCAAAUAUCAGUUGUAAGCUAUAAUGUGACGGACUUUUAAGAUGUAUAUGUUAGAUUAUAUUUUUAUGGAAUGUAAGUUGUUCAGGGGUGAGUGAAUUCUAAAUAUUAUUAACAGGGUGGCAGUAACACUUGGUUCAUAUAUCCUUGUAAGCCAUUCAGUGAAAAAUUCACGAUUCUUACUUUUUUUAUGCCGUGUAUGUAAGGUCUUGCAUCUCGUAUUGUACAUUUUUAGAACACUUUUUGAACCCACAGAUUUGUUUAAGCAGUGUUGUGAAGAAUGUGACUGCUUGCAAUUCUACUUCAAAGUACAAUAGUUUAUCUACCUAGGUGGCUGUUGUGCACCCAAACCUUACUAUUUGUGGGCUUUAGCUACCCAUUUAAGAUUAUUUAUCAUAUACUUCUCAUUUUAUGCUGACUGUUCCCUUAACUUGGCUUUUUAUGUAUUUAUUUAAACACCUUUCUUCUUCCCUAGUUAUUGUCUAGUUUUUAAGUUUGAAUGUAUCUUCCUAUGAUGUGGAUCUCAAGUUUACACGCUCACACGCACAGACACACUCUCUCUCUCUCUUCAGCAGUUCCUAUUAGUCAGGUUUAUGUUUGUCUACCUCCCAUAACCAUUUUUUUCUCAUGUUUUGUACAAGAUUGCAAGGAUGAGUGUAUGGCAGAUGUGUUACCUGGAGACUCUUGAAAGGGAUUUUGGACCUCUGUCAGUUAAUAACUGAUCUCAUUUUUACCAGCAACAAACACACCCUUUAUGACUUUUUGAGGUCUUUCUUUUCUUGAUGUGCUGCCUAAAAAUAUGCCACUUACCAUCAGUACAGUUAUGUUAUAAUGAAACAACAGGCAGCUUCUCGUAAGGGAAUGAUGAGAUAUUGAAGAGCUUCAAUUUUCUUAACCCGUCUGCUGCGAUUGGCACGGAUUUGGCCUUCACUGGUAGCCUGGUAACACAUAGUCGCAGAUAGUUCUCUGCCUCUGUGGUGGAUAGUGGAGUGUUUCCCAUAUGGUAUUGGUAUGCUGGAUUUCUCCUCCCAAGGUGCAUGACUUUAUAUUUUUAUCGGCAUUCAUUUUCUUGUUGUUGUUGUUCUCUUCAAGUUGUUUUCUUGGCUUACCCAUCCAUUGUAGACAUGACAUUGUAUAAUAACAUUUGUUAGCCUUGAUGAACCUUACAACAUGGCGUUAUAAACAAAGUCGGCUUUUAUUUAUUUAUUUAUUUAUUUUUUUACGUCUUGGCCUGUGGUGCCAGUAGGUCUUCAUAGUAGGGCCUGAUGGUCGGCCCCAGUCCGUUGUGGUGCGGGCAAGUGUUUAUAGUGGCGCCAUCUUUACUUUUCAGCAUUUUCCAUUUUAGACCCCUAGUUGCAUAAUAUAAAUCGUUGGGAGUGUGUUGGAGGGUCAUGCGGUGCCGAUCUAGCACAGUUUUUGUGCUAUUAACACUUGUUCUUCAUUGAGCUGUAGCAGCCAUUUUUUGUUCCAUUCCUUUAGCUUGGUGAUGUCUUCUUGUAGGAAAUCCACAGUCAAGGGCUUAAUGGUGUAAUCGAGCCAGUCAUGAAAUACUACAUAUGGUCUCAUUCAGCUCAAGUGCAUGACAUUGCUUGUACAUAUGCAAGAGGAAACAUAUUUACUUACUUUGAGUCACCUGUGCCACUAUUUGGACUGUAUGAAGUUGUAGGGUAUCAGUGAAGUAACCAAACAUCAUAUUAAGAAAAGUAUCUACAAAAAGGCUCAGGUGAGGUCUAAGUUGCAUAUUCUUUAAAUGUCAAAUUCCUCUCUAUGGAAAGUGGCUUGAUUACCAGAAAUCAUUAUACUUUUUGAAGUGUCUCUAUAGAACAACCCUUAGUAGAGGGGCCAAGUGGAUGUCCAAAGAGUUUGUGACUGAAGCAAGUGAAUAGAUCCCACCUUUAAUUGUUUUGAAUGGGACAAGCCCAGGUAUGGAGGCGUACCUGAGAGAACCCUUGGGGAUGUCUGUUGUGAAUAGGAAACAGUCAUCCCCAUACCACAUGAUCCCAACAGUGGUUUCUUUCUGCAUGUUUUCUUAGGCUGUUACCUUCCUUUAAUGCAUGUAUCAACACAGAGGUAUGUAAAA